AUGGUUAACGUACCAAAGACUCGCCGCACCUACUGCAAGGGCAAGGACUGCAAGAAGCACACCCAGCACAAGGUCACUCAGUACAAGGCCGGCAAGGCUUCCCUCUUCGCGCAGGGUAAGAGACGUUACGACCGCAAGCAGUCCGGUUAUGGUGGUCAGACAAAGCCUGUGUUCCACAAGAAGGCCAAGACCACCAAGAAGGUCGUUCUCCGGUUAGAAUGCACACAAUGCAAGACCAAGGCACAGCUGGCGCUCAAGCGCUGCAAGCACUUCGAGUUGGGUGGUGACAAGAAGACCAAGGGUGCUGCACUCGUCUUCUAA